AUGGCUUUGGUUACAGCACUGGUGAAUGAAAGGCCUGUGGCUAUAUUCAGCAAAAGCUCCUGCUGCAUGUGCUACACCAUUAAGACACUGAUAAGCAGUUUUGGGGCAAAUCCUACAGUUUAUGAGGUAGAUGAGCAUCCACAAGGGAAGCAGAUAGAGAAGGAACUAAGAGGAUUAGGGUGCAAGCCAAGUGUGCCAGCUGUGUUCAUAGGAGAGGAGCUCAUUGGUGGUGCCAAUGAAAUAAUGAGCCUUCAUCUCAAGGGUCAACUGGUACCCUUGCUCCUCAAUGCUAAUGCUAUAUGGCAUUAG